GUAAAUACGCUCCGGGACAUUAUACACGUCGUCGGCGUAUCACCCGAAUUUUGUUUUGAGCAUAUUAUAUCAAAUUAUGUGCACGUAAAUAGAGGCGGUGUAUACACGAAGCCGUACAUCGACCGCGGUGGAAACGGUAGUGAAAUGGAUCGGCACGUUAGCGUUACCAAAAUCCGGAAGUGGUCACUGGUCAUCGUGACCCUGAUAUUAUGCAUGUAUGUCCAAAUGGCUUCAUUAGCACCAUGCUGUGGUGGCUGUGGAGGCUGUGGAAGCUGUGGCUUUGGUGCAAAACUUAAAAUUAAAAUUAAAAUUGUGAUUUAGAUAUUUCUAAAAAAUAUUUUAAAUUUUUAAUGAUUUAUCAUUUUAUAUAUGGUUAUAUAAUUAAUUUUUUAAGAUGUUUCAAGUAACAUCA